UUGCGGGCGCUGAGAUGCCUGAGGGUGUCCUUUGACCUCCGCGAGGAGUCACGUGGAUAUGCCGGGGGCGGGGACAGAAAAGCUGGUUAAGUUCCUUCCGGGUCAGUGGUAGAAGCGUGAGCUCCGCGGGGUAGUUCCUUGCAUCUUACUCUUCCCUGCAUCUUCCUUGUCCCAGCGCGAGGCGAUUGUCGUUUCGGCGAUGAGCUCACAGAAAGGGAACGUGACUCGUUCCAGGCCUCAGAGGCACCAGAAUACGUUUAGCUUCAAAAAUGACAAGUUUGAUAAGAGUGUUCAGACCAAGAAAAUUAAUGCAAAACUUCAUGAUGGAGUAUGUCAACGUUGUAAAGAAGUUCUUGAAUGGCGUGUAAAAUACAGCAAGUACAAACCAUUAUCAAAGCCCAAAAAAUGUGUUAAAUGUUUACAAAAGACAGUGAAGGAUUCUUAUCAUAUAAUGUGUAGACCAUGUGCCUGUGAACUUGAAGUUUGUGCCAAGUGUGGAAAGAGAGAAGAUGUUGUUAUUCCGUUUAAUAAAGAGCCAGAAAAGACAGAAAAUGUUGAAAAUAAUUUACGUUCCAGCCAUAGAAGAAGCUGCAGAAGGAAUGAAGAAAAUGAUGGUGAUUUAGAUUUUGAUAUUGAUUUAGAUGACACCGAAGAAGACAAUUAAUAUAACUAUAUUAAAAGUCAGUUUUAAAACAUGAAAUUCUGACCAUCCUUUUAUAAAAUUUUUUUUCACUCUUUA